CAUGCGCAAUGUGUGUUGUGGACAGCGCCAUGUUUCAGUUAAAGCAUGUUUCCAAAUCAUCACUGCUGUCACCGCACAUGAGCUAACAUUAACCGAAAGGCAGUCAUGAGCUCAAGUCCCGGUCCGGGAUCCUCUGCACCCUUCACACUCACCGGCAGCCUGCAGAGACUCUUCAGCCAUGUGAGGAUUGAGAAUUUAGUGGCUGGACUCAGUGGAGGGGUGGUGUCCACACUUGUGCUGCAUCCACUGGAUCUGGUCAAAAUCAGGUUUGCAGUGAGUGAUGGACUUGAAGUGAGACCGAAAUACAGUGGAAUCCUGCAGUGCAUGAGAAGCGUCUGGCACCAGGAGGGUCUCCGGGGGCUUUACCAAGGCGUCACCCCGAAUAUCUGGGGUGCUGGAGCCUCAUGGGGACUUUAUUUCUUCUUCUACAAUGCAAUCAAAGCGCACAGGAAAGAGGGGAGACAGACAGAGCUGAGCUCCACUGAGCACUUACUGUCAGCCGCUUCAGCAGGUGCCAUAACGCUUUGCCUGACCAACCCAAUCUGGGUGACCAAAACUCGCCUUGUUCUGCAGUACAGCACGGAUCCAACUAAGAAGCAGUACAAGGGAAUGACGGAUGCUCUCGUGAAAAUCUACCGCUAUGAAGGGAUCGCAGGACUCUAUCGGGGGUUUGUCCCGGGUUUGUUUGGAACCUCCCAUGGUGCACUGCAGUUCAUGGCAUAUGAAAAGCUGAAAAGAGAUUAUAACAAAUACAGAAAGAUGCAAUCAGAAGCUAAACUGAACCCAUUGGAAUAUAUUACCAUGGCAGCUUUGUCCAAAAUAUUUGCAGUGGCUACAACAUACCCAUAUCAGGUGAUCCGAGCCCGCCUGCAAGAUCAGCACAAUAAGUAUGACGGAGUUGUGGAUGUCAUCCGGAGAACAUGGAGAAACGAGGGUCUAUCUGGUUUCUAUAAAGGCAUGGUGCCCAAUCUGAUCCGAGUCACUCCGGCUUGCUGCAUCACCUUUGUGGUCUAUGAGAAUGUUUCCCGUUUCCUCUUGGAACAGUGAAAUCUGAAAACAGAUGUGACUGCAGCGGAACGGUCUGACAGGGAGCUGAGCUGGACCUGGACCUGGGAUGGGUCGCCCUGGCAACGUCAUUUUUUGGCAAACAUGAUGGAGUAAAAAAUAUUAAUAGAUGAAGUUAACAUGAGAAUGCAAACACAUGAUGUCACAGAGUUCUAAGUGUAAGCUGUGUAACAGGAGUCACUGGUCCAGAAACUGAUACUUGUGUGGUUUCUGUACACGUGAAUCUGCAGGAAGAGGAGACAUUACUUUACAUUAAGUGAAUAUGGAUACAAUGGGAGUUAUAGACUGUAUUGUGACUUGAUCAAUUUUGUAUGUUUUUGAAAUAACUAAGCUAUAUUGAGACAAAGCCUAUUCAUCAGAGAAGUCCAACUUGUUUUAUCUUAUAAAACUGGGUAAAAAUCAAUUUAGGUUUUAUUAUUUUAUGAAGAGAAUAAGGGCUGGGCGAUAUAUCAAAUAAACAUAUAUUUGUAAUGAUUGUGUUGGUGAUAUAAAUGAAGCAACAUUGUGGAUAUCUCAGUUAAAUGCACUUUUUAUUUAGUCAUUAGGUUUAGUAGAACUUCCAAGUUUCACACAUUCAUUUUCAUUUUUCAUAUAUUCAAAUGUUUAAGUAAAAGUAUACGUAGGUAAAUGUUGCUGUUCAUUAUGUAUUGCUCCAUUAGUGCAUAUAAAUGGCAAUUUCCAUUCUUCCUCGUGUUCAUUUUAAAACAUGCCUUGGUGAUUUUUAAUUAGAUUUUUCUAGAUUUUGAUUGUUUUAUCUUAGUACGUGAAGCAUUUUGAAUCUAAUUGCCAACACUGGGUGUUAAGUUGAAAUGAAAAUAUAUUUUUAAACCAUUUUGGAGCAAAUAUGUAUUUAUCAGAAUAUAUAUGUAUUGAGUAUCGUUAAAAGGCUGGAAAAACAAAAUAUAUAUAUAUUGUUUUAGCUAUACCGCCCAGCCCUAAUGGUAAUUCAUCAAUGAAAAAUAAAAAAGAGUGAAAAUGUUUGUUGUAUGUGUACAGAAAGUGUGUACAGUCUAGUUCCCUAGUUUACAUCCAUGUUGCAGUUUUGCAUGGAAAUGUGUCAAAAUGUCAAACCUAAACUCAGACUUUAUCUCACAUCAGAUUUACUAAGUCUCACAUUUCUGACUCAUUGCUGACAUUUGUGUUAAGGAGCUCAAAAUAUAUGACCUUAAAAUGUGUUGUGCUCUUACGCAUUAAUAACUAAUGCUCUUUAAAACAUAUACAAUAUAUUGACAUGUUUUUUAUUUUAUUUAUUUUUUACUUUAGCCUACCUGUUGAGGCUAAAGU